UAGGCCACGUCCAGCCACAGGCAGCGGUGACAUCAUGUCGCACGUCUGUGAAGACGCAAGCAAUUCAGGAAAAACGAGUUUGGGGAGAUUCUGUUUUCACCUUCCCUCCUUACUUUACUGUCCUGCUCUUCCCGUCGUUACAUAUCAACUGACAGUAUCUGCAGACGGUUGGGUCGACUCGGCUUCCGCCUGCGACCAAGCUGAACAUGGAACACUCUCAGCCUUUUGCAGCCCUCAACGAGAGGCUGAGGCCUCAAGCCACCAGCGGUGAACAGAGCUACUCCUCUCGGAACAAGCUGGACGACAGACAGGUGGCCUCACUCGGGAGGAAGUCUUCACCUCUCCACAGACCCACAUUCCUGCUAACAGAACCAGAACCAAAGGCCUCCAAAAGCGAACCUGAAGGCGUCUCACAGCUGGAAGAUUUGGUCAGCGAUGAAGACAAUUGUGCUGAUCUGACGAACAACACAAUCUUCAUCACUAAGUUACAUUUAAACGACUCUGGAGUAGAGCUGGUUGACGACAACAGAAGCGUGUCCUCGUCUGAGGAGAAAGACCACCCAGGUGAGCUGACCUCAGAGGGGUUAGGUCAUUCCUCACAAUGCAAAGCUUUGGACGAGGAAGGAGGGAGCCCCUUCGAGGUGGGCUGCAUGAACGGGACUUUACCGGACUUGCUCAACAGUGGCAAGCCGCUCAGCAGACGUCGGACAUUGGGACACGUCUCAGAGACGCUUAAAGAAGUGCGCAGAGAGGUGGAGCUGUCUCGGAGACGAAGUAUCAAGCUUAAGGCGCAGGUGGACAAACUACAGGGGAGCAGAGACGGACCAGGAUGGAGCAAGUACAGAGAGAGGGUCAAAGACGAGGUUCUGUCCAUUCUGCGGCUGCUGCACCCGCUUACAGAGUCGGGGUCCAGCAUGGGUCCUCAACCCUCCCAAGAGGACAUCCACCUGGACGCGUCUCUGGCCCAGCUGCAGAAUGUGGCCCGCGAACUGGCAAUCAGCCACACCAAACAGUUCAAAUCUGGAAAAGGAAAAGGUUCAGAGGAGAGCGCUGUUCUGCAGCAGGCGUUACGGGACCGAGAUGAGGCCAUCGAGAAGAAGAGGGGGAUGGAGGCCGAGCUACUGCGGAGUAAAACAGAGAUGAUGUUGCUGAACAACCAGCUGCUGGAGGCUGUGCAGAAACGUCUGGAACUGUCGCUGGAGCUCGAGGCCUGGAAGGAUGACGUUCAGCGUAUCCUGCACCAGCAGCUGCAGAGUCAGCAGCUGGCAGAGCAGGCCCAGAAAAAGCCCUCUCGCCUGGGCAUCCUGAGGAGAAACAUCAAGCCCCCCAUUCAGCGGCCAGCAAACUUCCCCUUGUCUCAGCCUGUGUCUCCCAUAACCAACCCCAACCAAAUCUUCAUCCCCAGAGCUGCAGCUCUGCCUCUCAUCACACCUCCGUCCCCCCAACGCAACUGGAGGGACAAGCUGAGGAGGACCAAGAGGGCCAACAGUCCUGAUCCAGGCCAGAAUGCAGCGGGGCAGGAGUCAGAGGGCGGGGUCUUCCAGGUCAUAUCCCUUGAUUGAAACUGAAAUGACUUUGCACAGAGUACAAUUACUAAUUUCUAGUAAUCUGAAGUCCCCCUUCAGUCACAAAUGUAUUUAGCUUAUCGUUACUUGUGCAGAGUUUGACACUUGAAAGCUGUUUUCACAUUAAUCUGCUUAAGGGGGAAAGUUUCUCUGUGAUUAUUCAAAGUAGUUAAAAAAACCUGUGUACGUACAUGAAUGAUUUGUGACAUCACAGAUAGUAGCCAAUGGUGGUUCAGUAUGCGACCUACACCAGUGUGAUGUGGAAACACGAAGGCUCCAGUGCACAAACACUGAGGAUGGAGUCGGAGAUUCGAUGAGGGAGAAGUAGAUUUCAUUCUAAGAAGUGUUGACAAUAUAUAUAUACAAUUAUAUAUACUCUUGGGAAAACAUGCUUUGGAUCUUUGACUAUUGUAAUUUAUUUAUAAAUGACCCAUAUAAUUGUUUAAUACGUGACAGUUGAAUGCCUUAUACUUCACGAUGUCACUUUAAGGCUUUCGUUGUUUUUUUUAUUGUUGCAUUUUCAGGAUUCAAAAGAAAAAAAGCACGAACUUUGUCGCA